CUGGACGUCGGUGCUCAAGUCCUCGAGUUACAAAACAGUGAAUUUGUGGCGCUCUGGUUGGAGCUGAAACCCGAUGCACUAGCUGCCAUAUACUUCGAUGACGACGACGACCUGACUGUCCUCUCUCGUGAUGGGACCACGCAAUCGUUGUUAGAGUCACCGUACGCAAGUCGACUGGACGAGUGUGUAGUGUAUCUCGACGAUGCACACACACGAGGCACCGACGUUAAGUUUCCAAUUGGCUUCCGUGCAGCAGUCACGCUAGGGCCCAAAGUUACAAAAGACCGCCUGAUCCAAGGUUGUAUGCGCAUGCGCAAACUUGGACAUGGGCACUCCGUGAUGUUUUUCGGUCCUCUGGACGUAGACAGGCGUAUCUGCAAUGCAGCUAGAAAAAGUGAUGGAGACACAAUACAUCCAUCAGACAUCUUGCUGUGGGCCAUGGGCGAGACCUGCGUUGAGAUCCAAAACAACGCUCCCUACUGGGCCCAGCAGGGAAGAGACCACGCUUCGCGGUACCGUGCAUGGUCGGAGUUCUGUAGCGACGAAAUAACUUCUGAAGAGCUCGCCACAACCUGGCGUCGGCCAGAUGCGAAAACCCUGGAAGAACUGUAUGCGCCAUCCAAUCGUGCGGACCAACCAAUACUGUCUAUCCCGGCAAUCGAUCAACGGUGCCGAGGGCUUGGCGUUUCCUCCUCAGCCAACUCAAAUAUGAACGAGGAACAAGAGCGAGAAAUUGUACACGAAAUAGAACGCGAAACACAAGUAGAGCGACCCUCGCCAGCAAGAGCAGCUGAGCAUCAGGUCUCUGCGUAUGUCCGUCGAUUCGUGCACAGUGGCAUCGUUGACCCUAAUUCAACUUCCUUCAUUCUGAUGUUUGAUUCAUUCUGCGACACGAGAGCACCUACUCAAGAAAAGAACGUGUGGUCCCGACGCGCCUUCGCCACCUCCGACUACUGUACUGUGGUGCAGAAACGAGGAGGAAAAGGAAAAAGAAAAACAGGAGCGGAUGUUGGUGAAUGCCUCCGUCCAGUUAACUGGAUACUCUCGAGUCAGUCAAAUGGAGACCCCAUUCUCGUCAUCCUUAGCCCAUUCGAGGUGAACGAGUUAUUGCCGAAAAUCAGAAGCAGCGGAUCCGUAUGUCUUCAGCCAAGGAUGCGUCCGUGUGACGACUUGCUUCUAUACACGAUCCCUCGUGCUCGUUCCGACUGUAUUGCACCCUCUUCACUUGUCGACCAGGUCAAUCUGUUUGCUGGACAGCUGUACCUGCGCGACUACGACACAUAUCUUCGACUUUGUCGCUUCCUUUGUGUCUAUGCCGACGAUCUCGCCGAUGAAGGAGACUUGGAGGAUGGCUCUUUCCAGAAGUCACCACUUCCUUUCCUCAAGCAUGUUACCAACUUGCGUAGGAGAGGGAUGAGCUUCGCACCAACACACAUAGGAAGAAUUCUGAAUGGACGAUUGUUGAAGGAAGAAGACUUCGAAGACCAGUUGGAUACUGAGUAGGACGUAAUUGUACCUCUCAUCAAAUUAGGAUAAGCUGCUACAAGGGGCACGUCGCCCUGUCCAGUCUCACUUGCCUUCUACCACUACUGAUAUGCCGGAUCAUCUACGUUUUCUUCUGUUUGUUUGGUUCGUACUCUUCGAUACCUGAAAAUUGGCUUGAAGUUUGAAGUUUGAACCUGUGAGCUGCCUUGUAGCGUAGUCAGCUUAUCCAAAUCCUCGUUCGACGCGAGACGCGGACUGCGUUACGUAACCAACAUACAGC